AGUGGUGUCAUCGGGUCCAAAUGUGAUGAAUCGAUCUAGAAAUCUAGUUAACCAUUCGAAUCUCCUGAACACGCUCAGUGAAACCAUGAACCUUGAAAAUAAUCCUAAAGUGAAUUCAAUGCUGAAGCCAACCAAAAUUUGGGCACACCGUCUACCCAAGAGACUUCGUCAAGGACUUCGUAAUCUUCAGCAUCGUCCUGAUGCGUGUUUAAAUGUGAUUAUGAAUGCGAGUCUACCUCCAUCACGAGCUUUGGGUCAGUUACCGAUCCUUGGGCGAGAAUGGGUUCGAAGAAAUAACAUCUUCCAAGUGGCUUUUGGUGACUUCUAUCCAUUCUAGCGUUUUUUGUUUCGUGUGUUUGUGUUGGAGUCACUAUCGUAGGGAAUGUGUAUGGUGUCUCGUACAGCUUAGAAGUUUAUCUUUCUCGGGCCUUUGAUUCUUUCAAGCCUUUUAGCCUUACUGCUUGUAAAACCACUGUAAAGGAGUGUCUCUUUUCAUAUCUCAAGUUUAUCUUUUAUCUUUAUCAUAUUUUCUUUCUACAUGUGUUAGUCUUAUUUGGUUUGUUUGAUUAUUAUCAAUGGUGUUGUUGUUGUUGUAAAUCAGUGUGCAAUUUCUCUUAGUGGGUUGCUUUUCAUGUAUUUCAUCCCUUUUGUGUUAAAUUCAUAUGUACUAUCUCAGUGAUAUUAUACAUUCUGCAUUCACAUAUUUUUGUUCAAAGACGCAAUCUAUAUAUAUUUAUGGGGGUC